AUGCCAACCCCCAUCAUAAUCGGUGUAGCAGAUAUCAAAAACCGCACCAACAAUGCCAAAGAGCCUGCCCAGUUGAUGCUUGAGGCCAUCAACGCCGCCAUCCACGACACGGGCCCUUCGGCAACACUAACAUCCAGCAUUGACAGCCUCUCUGCCGUCCGCACCUGGACCUGGCCAUACGAUAAUCUGCCCGCCCUGCUCGCUAAGCGACUCGGCAUCCAGCCAAAGCACACGCAUUACCCGGAUUAUCACGGGGGUAAUCAACCCGCCAAAUUACUGGAUGAAGCGGCACUCCGGAUUUCAAACGGGGAGAGCAGGGUCGCUGUUAUUACUGGCGGAGAGGCAUUGGAAUCGCUGGCCACGUGCAUGAAAAAGAAGUCGCCCCCGAAAUGGACACCUCCUUCGCAGGCAGUGGACAGUAUUUUCUCCCCGACAACAGCACGCGUGGCUGAAGAUAACAUCGGUACUCGUCACUCCGUGGGUGCCCCAAUUCACGUCUAUCCAUUGUAUGAGAAUGGAUUCCGUGCGUACCGGGGGCAGUCGAUUGCGGAUAACCAUGUCGAAUCGACUAAGCUCUACGCGCAGUUUAGCGAGGUGUCUUCUCAGCAUCCGUAUUCGUGGAAUUAUGGGAGGAAGGAUAGUGAGGAAAAGAUUGGGACUGUUUCACCGAAGAAUCGGAUGAUUUGUUUUCCUUACCCGUUGUUGAUGAACGCGUUCAACAUCGUCAAUCUGGCUGCUGCGUGUGUCCUCACUUCGGUCGAGUAUGCCCGUGAACUAGGCAUCCCGGAGGACAAAUGGAUCUAUCCUCGCGCCGGCGCUGGAUAUUGCGAUGCUGAUCACUUCUGGAACCGUCCGAACUUUCACACAAGUCCGGCCAUCUCUAAGUCCCUUGACCACAGUCUUGCUUCAUCAGGAUUGACAGCAGAUGACAUCGACAUAUUCGACUUCUACUCGUGCUUCCCUAUCGUCCCGAAACUGGCCUGUCAUCAUCUCGGACUGCCGAUUGACUCGCGUAAACCCAUCACUGUCCUCGGUGGACUGACUUCGUUCGGUGGUGCUGGGAAUAACUAUUCCAUGCAUGCCAUAACCGAAAUAACCCGCCAGCUACGCUCUGGGAAAGGCCGGCAUGGCUUAGUCCUCGCCAACGGUGGUGUCCUCUCUUACCAACAUGCCGUGUGUCUAUCGACUCUUCCCGGGAAUGACGCCUAUCCAAACGGUACUCGUCUCGUAGAUGCCGAUCCGUCUCCUUCGGUGGACGAAACGGCCAACGGAUCCGCCGUGAUCGAAACGUACACAGUCGAUUUCAACCGCGACAACACACCGGCACGGGCAUACGUCAUCGGCCGACUCGAGAAUGGACACCGCUUCCUAGCAAACCACGGCGAUGCGCAGACACUUGCGCAAAUGGCAUCGUGGACAGAAGAAUCAAUCGGCAAAACAGGCCUCGUGAAGACGGAGCACGGACGGAACUUAUUCUUUUUGCAGCGGGCUUCACUGUAG